CGAUUAGAUACAUGGAGAAAAAAACCCAGCUGCCCUGUUUUCUUUGCCGCUUGUGGCAACCCUACCCUGAGGCUAAAGCCCUCUGAUUUCGAACUCCUGAAUCUUGGCUGGCAGGCAGAGACUCCACAGAAAUGCCCACGUUCUUCUUGGCUGCCGUCUUCUCUUGUCUGUUGGCCACAGAAGGCUGGGCCCAAAAAGCUGCAAGGCUUGGCUGCCACCUGCAAUCUUUCAAUGUCACCGUCCGGAGUGACCGUCAGGGUACCUGCCGGGGCACUCGCACCAUCCAGGCCUGUGUGGGUUACUGUGAGUCGAGCGCCUUUCCUUCCAAGUACUCGGUGCUCCGGGCCAGCAGCUUCCAGCACAACAUCACUUCCGUCUCCCAGUGCUGCACCAUCAGCCAAAUGCAAACGGUGAAACUUCGGCUGCGUUGUAGUCUCAGUUUGCAGAAAACGGUGGACCUUUUCACUGCCAAGACCUGCCAGUGUGACGUGUGCCGCCUCUCCAGAUAUUGACACUCCUCUGUUGAUUUCUGCAGUCACCAACGAGGUCAGUAUUUCUCAGCCUCAGGAGCUUUUAAGAUGUGCGGACUUCAACUCCCAGAAUUCCCCCAGCCGCCUUUGCUGAGGUUGAGAAACACUGGACCAAAUGGAUCUUCUGCAGACUGGGCCUGCCACCGUCCUCUCGGUCUCCAGGGGCCCGUUAGUGUUUAAAAAAGAUGCUUUUAAGUCUUAAGAAAUUACAAGGGAAUUUCUGUGUACGAGGAAAGCCAGGUUGCAUGUGGGAUCCUUUGAGUACCUGGGGUAACUUGGCUGCUGAAUACAUUUUUUUUCCCCCCCAA